CCACACUGGCCAACAAUACAAGUAGAUUCUAGUGUGAUUGUAACACGUACCAACCAAAACGAGUCUUUACCGAUUUACUCUCUUCCCUCUUCCAUAUACUUUUUAGAGACCAUCACGAUCGGCCCUUCACGCUAUGUCUACUGAUAUUUAUGAGAUCUCAGAAAGACCAUCAAAACGCCCUUCCUUACUACGCUCAUCGUCUUUACAGCAAGCUGAAGCAUUAAAUACAGGCGAUAACAAUUAUCCACCCAACCAUCGCCAGGACAGCUCUUUACGUCAGCUAACUCGGAAAUUCAUAACCCUACUACAGUCUGAUCCUACAGCAGACUUGGAUCUUAACGUUGCUGCCGUACAACUACAGGUUCAGAAGCGACGUAUAUACGAUAUCACCAAUGUUUUGGAAGGUGUCGGCCUGAUAGAGAAAAACUCGAAAAACCACGUACGAUGGAUAGGUAGAGAUGUAGAGCUGGAUGCGCAAUACUGCAAUAAAUCAAACGAUACUGCUCAGCUCGAUUGGCUGCACAAUGAAGUCAACCGAUUAGAAGAUGAAAAGUUGAUGCUGGAAGGAAUUGAAGUCGAGGUGGAUAAUCAAACGCAAGGCUUAUUUGAGCAGUAUAGGGAUUAUUUGUACCUUUCCGAAACCGAUCUGCGACAACAUUUUCGCGCCAUUGACGACCAAAUGAUCGUUGCCACCGAUACACCAGCUAAUGUAGCUAUACAAGCAUCUACUGAAAAUGUAUAAUUUCACCACUAACAUCAAUUUUAUAAAGCCAAAAAGUACAAAUUACAAGAUGAGCAUUACGUCGCUAACAAACUCUUUUGAA